UUCCCCCGCCCGGGGCUCGCUCCGCCCCUGGAGCUGCCGCGGCGGGCCCGGGCGGCGGGGGGAGCGAGCCCGGCCCCGCAGCAUGGCCUGGACCCGGUACCAGCUCUUCCUGGCCGGGCUGAUGCUGGCCACCGGCUCCAUCAACACCCUCUCGGCCAAAUGGGCUGACAACUUCAACGGGGGCUGCGGUGGGACUGCAGAGCACAGCUUCCAGCAUCCCUUCCUCCAGGCCGUGGGAAUGUUCCUGGGCGAAUUCUCCUGCCUGGCUGCCUUCUACCUCCUGGUCUGCAGGGACCGGCGGCGAGCAGAGCCCAGCCUGGCCCCCGCGCAGCCCUUCAACCCGCUGCUCUUCCUGCCCCCGGCGCUGUGCGACAUGACCGGGACCAGCAUCAUGUAUGUGGCCCUGAACAUGACCAGCGCCUCCAGCUUCCAGAUGCUGCGCGGGGCCGUGAUCAUCUUCACCGGGCUGCUCUCGGUGGCCUUCCUGGGCCGCAAGCUGGUGCCGAGCCAGUGGCUGGGGAUCUUGGUCACCAUGGCCGGGCUGGUGGUGGUGGGGCUGGCGGACAUGCUCGGCAGCCGCGACGAGACGCACAAGCUGAGCGAGGUCAUCACAGGUGACCUGCUCAUCAUCAUGGCCCAGGUGAUCGUCGCCAUUCAGAUGGUGCUGGAGGAGAAGUUCAUCUACAAACACGACGUGCACCCGCUGCGGGCCGUCGGCACGGAGGGUUUCUUUGGCUUCGUCAUCCUGUCCCUGCUGUUGAUCCCCAUGUACUACAUCCCGGCGGGCAGCUUCAGCGGCAGCCCGCGGCAGGUGCUGGAGGACACGCUGGAUGCCUUCUGCCAGAUCGGCCGCCAACCCCUCAUCGCCCUGGCCCUGGUGGGCAACAUCAGCAGCAUCGCCUUCUUCAACUUCGCCGGCAUCAGCGUCACCAAGGAGAUCAGCGCCACCACCCGCAUGGUGCUGGACAGCCUGCGCACCGUGGUCAUCUGGGCCGUCAGCCUGGCCGUGGGCUGGGAGACCUUCCACGGCCUGGAGAUCCUGGGUUUCCUCAUCCUCCUGGCCGGCGCCGCCCUCUACAACGGCCUGCACCAGCCCCUGCUCGCCAGGCUGCCCUGGCGCCGGCCCCCAGCGGGUGCCGUGGGCUCUGAGGCCGAGAGGGAGAACCUGCUGGGAGGGGAGAGGGCACCCAUCAACGGGGACAGCUGAGGAGCCGGACCCCAUGGGGCGUGGAUGCCAGAUCCCCGCCCCCGCCCCCCCCCAGCCCCCUGGCACGGUCUGGGACACCGAGCCUGCCUCUCUGUGCUCUGUUGGCUCUACUGGGCCUCCAGGCAUUCUGGGCACGGCUCCUCUGGGGCUCGAUCUGGCUCCUCCGGGAUUCGGAGAGUGAAGGUCACUAGAGGUGCUCCCCCUACCGAUUAAAAUGCCUCUGCCCAUCCCCAGCGGAGGCCCUGCCCUACCAAUGGCGCACACGGGUUAUGCGCCCCUUCCUCCCAGGAGGUCGCAGUGACAUCCUGUUCUGUGGGUCCCCUUCCUUCUCCCUGACCUCUGCCGCCUGCCUGGCUGCACGACCCAGGGCUGUGCCAGGAUGGGUUGAUGGACCAGCAAGGGCCAUGCGUGCCCUUGUUGGCGACCUUCAUCGGGGGCACCUUCACCUUCUCCCCUGCCCCCCAAGGAGGAGGACUUGCUCUACCCACCUGCAGCGUCUGACGGUGUGACUGGAGGAAACCGUUACGCCAGGCUAGUGGGACAGGCCCAUGACCCCUAUUCUGUCCCGCUUGCAGAGGGAGCCUGGAGGAGCACUGGACUCAUGGACCGGCCUGGGAGGCCCCAUGAGAGCAGCUGUGGAGGGCAAACGCUUCUCUGCAACGCUCGCUCUGCGUUAGCCGCACACGCCAGCCCUGCCUGGAGGCGUAAGAGUGGAACGCAGGCCGGGGGCUUGUUGGUUCCACGGUGCCCCAAGCCCAGGUUGAAGGCGGGGCCCUUAUCUGCGGGGGAUCACCCUUCUGCCUUGUAUAGCUGGGAAGAAGGGGGUGGUGCUUUCAUCUCCCAGCAAGUGCCUACUCUCCCAUGCAUGGAGGUCUCUAUUCCCCUCCCCUGGAAGCUCUCUGCUUCAGCCAUCUCCUGGCACAGAGCUGAAGCCGUCUGCAGGGUGGGGCCCUGUUUGCUGCACCCAGGGUGGUGUUGGGGGACUUUAAUGCUGCCCGCUGGCCCCUAGGAGCUGGGCUGCCGGGGGCCAGUGGAGCACAGGUGGCUGGCAGGGGUGCGCCGUGCCAUGUGCAGGAAGAUGUGCCAUUCCGCGCAUGCGUGCAGGGUGUGACCUUGUGCAGACAGCGUGUGCAAGGUCACACUGGGCGGAGGGGGCCAUUUUGUUCUACAAAAUGGCGUCCUCCCUGCAGGGGCUGGCUGGAAUGGGCUGUAGGGCUGGGGCAUGCAGUGUGUACAUAGGCACCACGCCCCUGUCGGCUGGUUCCUGCCCUGCUCCCUCUGUUGAGGGGAAGGUUGUCACGCCAGGCAGGGAGCGAUCGAAGCUGCUGGACUCACCCCAGCCAGGGCGCUCGCAGCCUGACCCGCCCUGCAGCGGGGGCGAUACAGGCGUGGCCUGGCCUGGGAGGGACAUGAUGCCCAUCUUGUCUUGGAGCACUGAGCAGUGUCUCUUGUAACCAGUAAAGCACAGACCAGGGAGCCCCCUCUGCAGCAGCUGCCUGGGGUCGGGGGAGAAGUCUGGGCCUUGUCUCUCUUUUACUGGAAUCGCUCACCCUCCUGCUGGGGCUUCCUCUGCCUGCUGCAUCCAGGGUUGUUCUCUGUUCCCAGCGGUGCCUGGGCCUGCUGGCCAGCUUCCCCCUCCUGCCUCCUCCCAUGCAGAGCUGAGCCCUUACCGGGGCUCCGCCGUCCCUCAAUGUCCUUGAACUGGCCCAGGGCCUUGCCCCGAGGUACCUCCCCGUGCCCGUCCUCAUUGCUUUCCCUGCCCCUUCCAGCGCAGGAGGGAGGUGGUCACAUUUCAGAGCCCCCCGCCUGUAUUCCCCCUUCAGCGAGGACACCUGCUCUCAGCCCCCAGGCUGCUACUGCUCCGGGGUGGAGCCCCCUCUCUCUUCCCUUCUGACCAGGGUUCCCUGCCUUCCCUGGGUUGUGCCCAGCAUGGCCAGGCUGCCCAGGCAGGCCUGCUUACUUUCCCCUCUGAGCUGGUUCCCGGUGCCUCCCGGCGUUACAGCGAUCGUACAGCACUUCCUCUGCUGGCCUGUGUUAGGGUUAAGGUAAAGGCACUGCAGAGAAACCAUCACAGGAACUUGCGUGCCCAGCUCCCCCCCCUGUGUCGUCCCCCCCCCCCCUAUGGGUUCUGGGUCCUUCACCGCCAUGCUCCAGGGGUUUCCGUGUGGGUUCUAGCUCAUCACAGCUUCAGCUCAUACCAAGCACCCCGGCUUAUGGGGCCUGGUCCUCCCACCCCUGCCCUGAGGCUUGGGACCUGCUGUGGACCAGAGGUCCUGUCUGUGCUGGCUCAGGAGGAAGGCCCUGCGUGGGUUUAAAAUCAGGGUAUUUAUCCAGAAAUCUUUUCUUUGGCCCCUGGAGCAUGGAGUUUGGACUUGUAUUGCAUUUCUCCCCAGGGGCUGGCUUCAAAGGGCUGAUAACCGGAGGAACUAGGGUCGUAUCCCCCCCUCCAGGUGCACAGUUUUGCAUGUUUAACACAAUGGACCCCGUGGUAUUAACCCUCCUUCACGAACGUUUAACUCACUUCAGUAGUGUGACUCUGAAUUCCCCAAGGCUUGUCCAGGACCCUGCAGAACAGGGUCCGGCUGAACGGCUGGGGAGCCUGGGUUCUCUCUCUUCACUCUCCUCUGCAUUUCUCCUCCCCAGCUCAUUCAUUCCCUCCUUCCCACGCACCCUCCCAACCUCCAAUAAAAUUCAAAACCUUUCUCCCUUACACAAUGGAGUAAAAGCAGCCCCAUUGCUCUCCCUCUGUCCACCUGCUUUCCUGUUCGGUUUGCGGGGCUCAGGCCAGGAGCUGAUCUGCCCUGAUGCAGUGCAUGCCAGGUGGGAUCCUCCCUCCCUAGGCCCCAGUCAGCUCUGGAAGCUGAUUUCCUUCCCGGGAGCCAGCUGUGUGCAAUCCCCUACGUACAUCCUCCGCUGCCCGCAUGUCGGCGGCGUGGCAGGAACUGGUACAGAGAGGGCCAUGCCCAUGUUUGGGGCUGCUAAGAUGGAUGUUACAUCCCCCAAACCUUCCAGCUUUGUGGAAAUGCUCACUUCCAGCCCAUCCCCGGGGAGAGGAGGGGGCGAGUUAUUUGGGCCGAGAGGGGUAGAGAAGCUGCAUGCAGGGCCUGCUGGCUCCUAUGAUGUGGAAGUGCAGCCUGGGGAAACUAGCAUCCUUGGAGCCGAUGCUGGGGCAAAGCACCUUCUGGCUGGGUUGGCAGAGAUGCCCCCCGUUGGCAUGUCACCUCUGCAGGCUCUGCCCUGUGUGUCUUGGCUGGACAGGUCACUGCUGCUGCGGACCCACUCCGCCACCUGGGGGCACUGGGCACAGCCUGCAGCAGGCGCUCCGAUGUCCGGGUGAUGGGCGGCUCUUGAAGAGCCUGGGAUUCAUAGAUACUAAGGUCAGAAGGGACCAUUAUGAUCAUCCGGUCUGACCUCCUGCUCAACGCAGGCCACAGAAUUUCACCCACCCACUCCUGCAAUAAACCUCUCACCUAUGUCUGAGCUAUUGAAGUCCUCAAAUCAUGGUUUAAAGACUUCAAGGAGCACAGAAUCCUCCAGCAAGUGACGCAUGCCCCAUGCUACAGAGGAAGGUGAAAAACCUCCAGGGCCUCUUCCAAGCUGCCCUGGAGGAAAAUUCCUUCCCGACCCCAAAUAGGGCGAUCAGCUGAACCCUGAGAGGAGGCUGCAGCAGAGGGUCCUGGGUGUCCCUUGCAAUGCAAUGCUCUGCCCAGCAGUGUCUGGGGCCCUUUCCCUGGAUCAGGGACCCCCAUUUCCUGCAGGCGGUGCUACCAAUCCGACACCUCUUUCCUCUCAGUAAGAAGCAUGAGGAGGCCAUGACAGGGAGCUGGGGUUUGGGCUUCCUUGCAGAGCUGUGGGAGAAUGCACCCCUGGUCAAUGGCUCACGGGGGGGGGGGGAUUUGGCUCUGAGGAGAGGGGCAAAGGAAGGCAGAGGCACAAAUUAAGUCCUGCUUAUGGGGCUGAAGUGGGACUUGGGGUCUGCCUUGGCAUUGCACUGGCCCUCAACCCAGGGCUGAAUUCCUCCCCUUCCCCACUGAGGAACCCCUGUCGCUAGGUGAAGGGGGCGAUUCUCCGGGCUGCCAUGCCGCAUAGCCUCCUUCUCUUAGGAACUCCCUCUGCGGUGUCUGUAACUCUCAACAAUUUGCAUGCAGGCUUGCUGCAUAUGUGCAGCUUACUGGGGUGGUGCUUGGAGCAUCUAUCAGGAUUGCGGCCCUGUUACGCUAGGUGCUGUACAGAUCCUUAGAGAGAGAGAGCCCCUGGCCUGAAGUAUAAGGUAGGAGGCAGCAGGCGAAUACAGUGAUCAGGAUGAGCAAGGAAACCAUAAGCUAAUUAUGAGAGGACGGAUGGCUUAGGGUUUGGAAGACAGGAGUUCAAGUCUACUCCAACCUAGAUUCCCUGUAGGCACUUGAGCUGUAGACUUAGCCUUUCUGUGCCUCAGUUUCCCUCCCUAAAAUAGGAGUGACAGCACUCUGCCCUACUUCCCAUUUCAGGACCGCAAAGAUUGUGCACAUGUUUUCGGUUUAAAGAUCAUGAGGGACUCAGCUGCCAUGGUGGUGGGAGCCUUAUAAAAUAGGCAGGUUUGGAAGGGUUGGAUUUAUGUCAGCAAACGUCGAUUUCACAAACUGAGCGAACCAUGUUUUCAUCAAUAACAAUGAAAAUUUACACACCGUCAAAGUAAGAAAAACGCUGCUUGAAAACUUGCACUUAGAGUGAAAAUCCAGUGAUUUAGAGCUUGGAAUUAGGCUGGUUACAAAUGGCCGCAUCAAUGAACCAUCAAACCAGAUUUGCUUUGUUGAUUCAAGGAUCAUUUCGAUGUGUAUUUUGACAUGUGACAUUGACAAUUUGUCUUUGAACCGUUUAUCAAGCUUUCACUUCUUGAAUUAUGAAUGUCGACCACCAUUAAAUAAGUGCGGGCCUCUCCCCACCGUGAUUUCCCACAAUUGUGAACAUUUAAAUUGAUAAACGUCAAAAAAUGCUUCAGAAUAAAACAGAGAGAUUAGCCCCGGACACUAUAUAAAAAAAAAAAUUAA